GGUCUUUUCUGAUCUCUUGGAUGUAACCCAACAUUGUCUCAGAGGACCCGUCCGAGUGCCCACGGUUGUACUCAUCGCGGCACUGUUCGCCGAUCUAUCCUCACAGUUGUGACGUUCUGCUCGGGAGCGAAUUGAGAACCGACACCUAUCAAGUAUGUUACGGCUACCCGGCGCUUUCCGAAACAAAUGUAUAAAGUACUUUGCAGAGAUCGGGGAUAGAGGUGAGUAUUUGUCUUCCCGCUUAAGUAGGAGUCGGUGAUCUUAUCGGCUAAUAGCUGUCCCCCACGAUGCGUGAGCUGAGGACACAUUGUCGUAUCGCACUUCUCGUAUGCGAUGUACCUGUGGAUGCGAUUCGGGAAAAACAUGGAGACUAUACAAGAAUUUUCGGAACCUUGCUAGAAGAAUCACUCCAGCCCAUAAAUCACACUCGUUCAGCUGACUCACAAGCGACCUUCACGCUUGAGCCUUUCGACGUGUACGCACAGAUUUACCCUAGGGAUGAUGAAUACGAUGCAAUGAUAAUUACUGAGGCUGCUGCCACCGCCUACGAAUAUGACCAGCCAGGUAAGGAGUGGAUUAAAAAACUGAUCGAGUACGUGAGAUAUGUCGCCACAGAGACAUCACGGAUAAAGAUUUUCGGUGUAUGCUUCGGACAUCAGGUCAUCGCACUUGCCAUGGGCGGGACAUGUGUUCGUAACACGCGUGAAGUUUCCGCAACGAAGUUGCGACUAAAUGAGCUCGGAAAGAGAGUGUACGGGGUCGAAUCUGGCGUUUUGGUUGGAUUUUUUCAGUUUCCAUUGCUAUCAUGCUCAUACUCUAAUAAGAACCUUCAUUUGAUGAAUCGGGACCACGUUCCCGCCGAACCACCAUCAUUUCAUAUCAUUGUUUCGUCUGCACAUUCACCAAAUCAUGGGAUGGUCCGCUUUUCCCAGUCAGAAUCCUCAGGGGAUGCACCGCCCUUGAAUUUCCGCCUGACUGAUAUUCAUAUUCUGACCAGCCAAGGUCACCCUGAAUUUACGGAGUCCAUUAUGCGUAUGCUCCUCAGCGCGCGGCGAGAACUCCUGGGCACUGAAGUUGUUGAUGACGGUCUGAGUCGUGCCGGCGAUCAGAACGAUGGGGUUGCGGUGGUCGGAAAGGCAAUAUGGGGUAUGUUGGGAGUAGAAUGAGCAAUGUAUUUCGGAACCAUAUGUAUCAAGAGAACUUAAUUAACCAGUGUCGUAGGUCAGGAUGCUUUGU